CAAAACGCGGUAGUACUUGGCGAGUGCGAAUAUCGAACUAAAAAAGCCGUGCUGACCGGCAGCCUCUCCAUCUUCAAAAAAAAAAAAACAAUUAAAACAAAGCUUUAAAAAAUUCAUCACAAUUAACGCCCAUGAUUUCGGUAGUAAGUUCACCCGCCAGAGCACAUGAUCGGUUACCGGGACGGGACGCGAGACAAGCUGAGUUUCCAUAAGCUGCGGCCACGUGAAGAAAGAAAAGGAGAAAAAUCCAAUGCCAAAGAAGUUGUGAAUGUGUGUCCUUGUUGUUGUUGAUUCUUGUUGUGCCUUUUGGGAAGCGAAAAUACGCAAACUUGUGAUUACUACUAAGCAAUGGGUCAGUCGGCUGGUAAAAUAGUACGCCGCUCGCCCUCAUCCUGUCCUGGCCCCAAUAACCUGCCCCCGCUGCAAUUCCACACCGUGCAUGGUGACAACAUCCGGCUGUCGCGUGACGGAACCCUGGCCCGUCGCUUCGAGAGCUUCUGCCGGGCCAUCACCUUCUCCGCCCGUCCUGUGAGGAUCAACGAGCGGAUCUGUGUGAAGUUUGCCGAGAUCUCGAACAACUGGAACGGUGGCAUUCGCUUUGGUUUUACUAGCAACGAUCCAGCCUCCCUGGAGGGAUCACUGCCCAAGUACGCCUGUCCGGAUCUAACCAACAGGCCCGGAUUCUGGGCCAAGGCCCUGCAUGAGCAGUACUGCGAGAAGGACAACAUCCUCUACUACUAUGUCAAUGGAGCCGGCGAUGUGAUCUACGGGAUUAACAACGAGGAGAAGGGCGUGAUACUGUCCGGCAUCGAUACACGGGGCAUGCUGUGGACGGUGAUCGAUAUCUAUGGCAACUGCACGGGCAUUGAGUUCCUGGACUCCCGCAUUUACAUGUACCAGCAGCCCACGGCGACGCCUGUGCCUGCCCAGCAGCAGCAGCAGCAACAGCUGGCCCAGCCGGCUGCCAUCGCCUCCUCCGGCCUGAUGGCGCAUCAUCCGCACCAGCAGUCGCGCCGAUCCCUGCCCGGCCACAGUGGCGGAGCCAUCGAGCACGACCUGGAGCGCCACGUGAUGCCUUCGCUGCAGUCGCUGCACUUGGCAGGCAACGGGGGUUCCGUCAGCAGCGUGGAGCAGGCGGCCAUAGCCCAUGAUCUGGCCAAUGGCCUGCCACCGCUGCGAUACAAUGCCAACGGCAGACUGAUACCCGUGCCCUUCCACAACACCAAGGGCAGGAAUGUGCGGCUGUCUCAGGAUCGCUUUGUGGCCUCGCGCACGGAGUCCGACUUCUGCCAGGGCUACGUUUUUACGGCGCGUCCGAUUCGCAUUGGCGAGAAGCUGAUCGUCCAGGUCCUGAAGACGGAACAGAUGUACGUGGGUGCCUUGGCCUUGGGACUGACCUCUUGCAAUCCUGCGAUGCUGCAGCCCAACGAUCUGCCCAACGACUCCGAUUUCCUACUGGACCGUCCGGAGUAUUGGGUAGUCAGCAAAGACAUUGCGGCUGCCCCUCAGCGUGGCGAUGAGAUCGCCUUCUUUGUGGCACCCAACGGCGAGGUGAGCAUCAGCAAGAACAACGGCCCUGCCGUCGUGGUGAUGCAUGUGGACCAGUCGCUCCAGCUGUGGGCCUUCCUCGAUGUCUACGGUUCAACGCAGUCGCUGCGCAUGUUCCGCCAACAGCUGCCCAACAUGGUGGCGUAUCCGUCUCAGCCGCAGGUGAAUGCCAGCAGCUCCUCCUCCGCCUGCAAUGCCGCCGCCGCUAGCUCCAGUUCGGGUUCCCGCAUGCUGCCCAUGACCGAGUCGAUGAGCAGUCUGAAUGCCGGAGCCACGGCCAAGCUGCUGCACCACCAUCCCUCUCAGUUGAGCGUGGCCCAGAGCACGAGCACCUUGGCCUCGGCCGGCGGAGCUAAUGGCAGUCGGAUGAUCAGCAUGCCGUCCAACGGAGACAUUCUCCAGAUACAACCCAAUGGCGGUGGCACCGUUCUGGUGGUUAACCUGCCACCGGCGAGCAGCUCCCACGAUAUCAAUGGCCAGCUGACGGCCAGGCCCAGCACGACCACGGUUACUUCCAGCGGCAUCCUGGCCGGAGCCUGCUCCAGCGGCACUCUCAUCAGCACCACCAGCAGUCAGUACAUUGAGCCCGUUACCAACAGCACGAAUAAUGCGGCCAACAAGUGGAAGGACAGCCUGAGCGAUCAGCAGAGCACGGACUCCAGUGCGGAGUGUACCAUCUGCUACGAGAACCCCAUCGACUCGGUCCUGUACAUGUGUGGGCACAUGUGCAUGUGCUACGACUGCGCCAUCGAGCAGUGGCGCGGGGUUGGCGGUGGUCAGUGUCCGCUGUGCCGAGCUGUCAUCCGGGAUGUUAUCCGCACCUACACCACGUAGGAGGCAUCGUGUUUCCUAGCCAAGAAGCAACCCUUACUCAAAAUCAAAUGCAUUUGAACGCAAUCAAGCGCAAAAGUAAUACACUAUUUUGGAGAGAGACAGGCGAUCAACGAGAGAUUGAAAUGAUAGUCUAGACAGAGUUAUAUAGUGGGGAAAGCGAACCUAUCACACCUUAUUUAUAUCGCUACCAUCUACCAGUAUAUACAUAUAUGUUUAAUUUUUUUGUGAUGUUAUGAGUAAGUGCGCCCGAGAGCCAAAACUAUGUACUUUGUUCAAUCGAGACUUCUCUACGAUUUUCAAUUUUUUUGCAAGCUCUGAACAGCGCGUUCGUACUAAGUAUAAAACCAAAGUAUUGUCUAGGAAUUAAUUGUAUUUGAAGUUGGAUUUUAAUUGAUUUAUAACAGUUGUUGCAAAUUUUCCUUAAUUUUUCCUAUUUACUAUAUGUCUAAAUUCCAAACGAUGUGCAAAAUUAACGAAAAACAUUAUUUAAUUGGCGAAUAAUAAUCAUUUUGGUGCUAAAUGUUUUGAAAUGCAAAAUAAUAAAAUUGUUAACGGAUUUGAAAAGUUAUGUUUAAGCUUUGCAGCAACUGAAGAGGUCCUUAUUUUGGCCAAGAGGAUAAAAUAAAUGCAAUUAUCGACUACUUUCCAGCAGGGAAACGCUUAAGACUUUCCUAUAUAAACACACUCAACUCAAAUAUAUCUGCAGCACAAAUUGUUGAAAGAAGAGAAAAGAUUGAUCAAAAACGAAGAAAUACUUGUGCACGAAAACCAAAAUAUAAACUGCAAGAGCGUGUUAAAAUCUAAUGUUAGCUAGCCCUAAGUACUUAAGUUAAUUUCUAGUCAACGAAUUAUGCUGAAGUUUAAUCUAGAUCGCGGUUCAUAAAAAACACAAUUAAAGACACCACACAAUGACGUA